AUGGAGUCACUUCAGGCCGCUCUAAACAUAACCUACAAAUAUUCAGCACACGAAUUUCUGUUUCUGCACAGAAUUCCGGCUCAGUGUAUUGUGACGGAUAAGAGUCUGGAUAUCCAACUUAGCGGCCCAUCAACGUCACAGGAGGGCACCGGCUAUACCACAACUCUCGAAUCGGGUCGACAAGACGCAUUCACCUCUGCACAUAACAACUUGAUUCAGAGCUUUGAUGCACUCAGCGAUAGUUUACAACAGUUCAUUGAUGCAUCAACUAAAGCCAAUGGUGUCCUGACCAGAAUCGUGAAUAAGAGAGCUAUAGGCGACGCCGCCAGUGAGGAAGCGAAGGAGAUAAAGGAAGAUCAGGAGAACCGGUAG